UGCGCCGAGCCGGGAGCCCUAGCCCCGAGCCUCCCGGGGUGGGGGACAGAUUCUGGGAUUGGCAGGAGAUGGAUGAGUGCAAUUGGAUGACCCCUCCCCUACAAUUGUUAUGGCUCAUAGAGAGUCUCAGGCCUGGUGGCAAGUAGAUCUCGUUGAAUUUCAUCUCAUCUGUUGGCCUUGGAGCCCAGGCCAAUCAUGGCCGGAAGACCCAUCCGCAUAGGAGACCAGCUGGUUCUGGAGGAAGAUUAUGAUGAGACCUAUAUCCCCAGUGAGCAAGAAAUUCUUGAAUUUGCCAGAGAAAUAGGUAUUGAUCCCAUCAAGGAGCCAGAACUGAUGUGGCUGGCACGGGAGGGCAUCGUGGCACCACUGCCUUCGGAGUGGAAACCAUGCCAGGACAUCACAGGUGACAUUUACUAUUUCAACUUUGCCAACGGGCAGUCCAUGUGGGACCAUCCUUGUGAUGAGCACUAUCGGAACUUGGUGAUCCAGGAGCGAGGGAAGCUGUCAGCUGGGGCCAUUAAGAAGAAAGAUAGGAAGAAGAAGAAGGACAAGAGGGACCGGAAGGACAGAGAGGCCCCCAGCAGUGCCACGGCCCUGGGCUCCUCGUUAGCCCCAGUCCACGUUCCUCUUGGGGGCCUGGCUCCCUUACGAGGCCUUGUGGAUGUCUCGCCCUCUGCUCUUCACGCAUCUCACAGUGCGAGCCUGGGGAGCUCCGUGGAGUCUGGUCAGCUUGGAGAACUCACGCUGGGUCUCAAGACUUCUGCUCAUACAAAGGCUCUCUUGGGCUCCACCCGUGAGGACAAGAAUGCUCUCAGCCUCUUGGCUUUAGGGGAGGAGUCCAACGAGGAGGAGGCAGAGAGUGACAACCAGAGUGUCCACAGCUCAAGUGAGCUUCUUAAGAACCUGCACCUGGACAUUGGGGUGCUGGGGGGUGACUUCGAGUAUGAGGAGUCCCCAGGAACAAGCCAGCCAGAGGAGAAGGCCGUGUCUCCUGAUUCAGGUGCCGUCCGCCCCCCUACUCCUGGCAAGCUCUUCAGCCAAGGCGCAGACAGCAGCCUGACCAGUGCAGAUGGCAAAGGGCGACAGGGAAGAGGGGCGAGUACCUGGCUCCCAGGAAAAGACAAGAAUCACAAGAGUGACCCUGCAACGUCCACAAGUCUGGUAUGCCCUGGGGGCAAUCAGCCUGCCAAAUCCAGCAACAGAGAUGCAGCAGAGGACCUGGUGGCUGCAGGAGAGGAAGGUUCCAGGAAGGAAGAGGAAGCAAUGGAGCCAAAGAAGGAGGUUUCUGGCCCAACAAGGAGCAGAUCAGAUGCCAGUGAAGAGCCAGAGAUCAGUGAACACAUGAAGGAACUACAGCUCUCGGACUCUGCUGCUUCUGACCCUGAGUCCUUGCUUGGCCUGGGCUUUGGUUUCCGCAGCCGGAUCUCAGAGCACCUGUUGGAUGUUGACGUGCUUUCCCCAGUCCCAGAUAAAGCCCACUGGGAGGCCCUGAGGUUGGGAGAAGACAGGGAUGACAGCCAGCACAGCCAAGAUGAGCCACAGAGCAAGCAGUCGGAAAGCUCGGAGAGGGUAUCUCCUUCACUUCUGCAUGGGGAGUGGCUUGGGAGUCCCCUUCACAGCCAGGCCACGGGAAAACGGCCUCUGCAGGCCUGUGACAGGCAGACAGAGUGGAGCAGGGCAGAGGAGCCUGGGGAGGACUCUGCACGCAGCCCCCUCCCGCCUGAUUUCCUGCAGAGGGAGGAGACCCCAAGUUCACCUGCCACUUGCAAGAGGGGCAAGGAGUUGUGCUCCCAGGCCGAGGAGCCCGAGGAGAAGGUGGCAGUCAGCCCCACGCUGCCCGUCUCUCCUGAGGUAGAGAAGAAGGCAUGCCAUGCCAUACAGGGUCAUGCGGGGAAGGACCAGGGCCGAUCAGGAGGCAGAAGAGGCGAGAAGGGAGAGCAUGGUCCAGAACCUUUCUUGGGGUUUUCUUGGGAAGGAAUGAAUGAGGCAGGCCUUGGUAGGCCAUCUCCAGAGCUUUUGGCUCCCCCAAAGCAGCUGUCAGAGGCUGCCUGGAAGGCCGUGGAAGAGUCAGUGGCCCAAGAGCUCGAGCAAGACCAGAGGCAGCUCCUAGAACUGAAGCGAGAGAAGAUGCAGCAGCUGCGAGAAGAGCUGUGGCGGGAGGAGGAAGAGGAGACCCUCCAGCUUCACCAGCAGAAAGAGAAAUCUCUGAGAACCUGGAAUGUAGGCGAAGAAGUUGAGGCACCGAAAGGUCUCCUGAAGGAGCAGCUACAGAAAGCUACUGAGGAGGAGGGGGCUCGGAUGCGAGAGGAGGAGGGCCGGAGGCUGUCCCAGCUCCAGGCGCAGGUCCUGUCCGGCGCAGAAGCAGAUGAGAGCCAAAUCAGGGCCCAGCACGAGGCUUCCCUGCAGAGGCUGAGGGAGGAACUGGAGUCUCUGCAGAAGGCUGAGAGGGCCAGCUUGGAGCAGAGAAACAAGCACAUGCUGGAGCAGCUCAGGGGAGAGAUGGAGGCUUUGGAGCAGAGGGAGGAGGCUGCGCUGAAUGCUGAGAAGGAGAAGGCUUUGAGGCAGCUGAGGGAGCGGCUGGAAGGGGAGAGGAAAGAAGCAAUGGCAGCGCUGGAGAGGGAGCAUAGAGCUGAGCUGGAGCGGCUCUCGUCCUCACUGGAGGCCAAGCACAGACAGGUGGUCUCCAGCCUCCAGAAGAAGAUAGAGGAAGCUCAGCAGAAGGAGGAGGCCCAGCUGCAGGACGGCCUGGGGUGGGCGGAGCAGAGAGCUCAGCACAAAGCUCACCAGGUGCUGGAGUAUGAGCAAGAGCUCGGUGGCCUCCUGAGAGAGAAGCGCCAGGAGGUGGAGAGGGAGCAUGAGCGGAGGAUGGAGAGGAUGAGGGAGGAGCACCGGCAAGCGGUGGCCGAGGCCAGAGAGCAGUAUGAAGCCCAGGAGAGGAAGCAGCGGGCUGAACUGCUGGGGCACCUGACCGGAGAGCUGGAACGCCUGCGCAGGGCUCACGAGCGAGAGCUGGAGACUGCAAGGCAGGAGCAGGGCCGGCGGCUGGAGGACUUGGGGCUCCGACAGCAGGAGCAGGAAAGGAAACUCCAAGAGUUAGAGUUGGAUCUUGAAACCAGAGCGAAAGACGUCAAGGCCAGAUUGGCUCAGCUGGACAUUCAGGAGGAGACUGCCCGGAAGGAGAAGCAGCAGCUCUUGGACGUAAGGAGGCAGGUGGUGCUGAAGAGCAAGGAAGUCACAGCUACCCAUCGACACCUGGAAGAGGCAAAGAAGGAGCACACCCACCUGCUGGAGUCAAACCGGCAGCUCCGAACAGUUCUCUGCGAGCUGCAGGCCCACAAGCUGGAGUUGGAAUCCCAGGUGGACGUGCUGCAGACCCAGGCCGAGAGGCUGCAGAAGCACAUCAGUGACCUGGAGGCCAAAGCUCAGAGGAAGCAGGAUGUGUUGACAGAGCUGGCGGUAGAGGAGAGAAGAGCUUCCCCGUGUUGUGAGCCAGAUCUCCACAUCGAGGACCUGAGGACAUCCCCUGGGAGUAACCAGACCAAAGAGGUACCCUCUUCUCUCUCCCAGAGCAAGGAGGAUGCCGGCUUGUCCUUGGACAGCUUCCGGCACUACCUCUCUGCAGAGGGGGUGGCUCUCCGCAGCGCCAAGGCCUUCCUGGUGCGGCAGACACGUUCCAUGCGGAGGCGGCAGACUGCUCUGAAGGCCGCCCGGCAGCACUGGUGCCAGGAGCUGGCCAGUGCCCCAGAUGCAGCCAAGGACCUGCUAAGCACCAAGGCCCUAGGAGACGUGCGAAAGGACCUGGAAGAGGAGACCAAGCACCUGGAGGAGAUGAAGUCGGCCAUGAGGAAGGGCCGAGACCUGCUGCGGAAGAAAGAGGGGAAGCUGAGCCAGCUGGAGGCCUCUCUUCGGGAUGAGGCUCCAGAUGAGGGUACUCUGAGAGGAGCCCCCGCCAAGAAAGUGGUGACUUUUGACCUCAGUGACACGGAAGACACUAGCAGUGGAAGUUCAGAGUCCUGCUCCCUGCCUCACAUCAGCCUGACCGCAAGCCCCACCUUCCCCAACAAGAUCCAGUACUUGAGCAGCUCCCUACAGCGGAUCAGCAGCCAGCUAAACGGGGUCCUCAGCAUGCUGGGGGGCCUCAGCUCUCAGCCGCCACUCCUCACUCCCACCCUGGCACAGACCCCGUCCCCAUCCUUCCAGAGGGCUCCCGUUCCCUCUUACCCCUCCCUGGUCCCCAUCUUCCCCUCAUCCCCCAGGACACCUGUGUCCACCCAGUGGGCCUGGGACCAGGGGCUGGGCCGCAGGCUCUCCUCCUCCGUGACUCAAACAGUGGAUGACUUCCUGGUGGAGAAGUGGCACAAGUACUUUCCAACUGGAGUCCCCGUCCUCAGCAGUGGCACCACCUCCUUGGAGAACAGGCUGGGUUACAUGUCUGCCAGAGAGCAGCUCCGCCUCCUGCAGCAUCCGCACUCCCACAUCCCGGAGGUGGGCAGUGCCAACUUGCAGGGCAUGAUUGAGGCUAACCGGCAGUGGCUAGAGCAUUACAAAAACGACCCUAAGUUACAUCUUUUCUCAGUGCACAAGCCAGGAGCCACUUCGGGCCUCCUGCAGCUGGGCCUGGAUGAGAACAACACGCUGAAGGUGUAUCGCUACUGAGGCCUGCGCGGUCGCGUGCGGUGCACCUGGCUCCCCUGCACCCACAUCAAGUGCCUGAGGAGGGGCCUGCACUUCAUUUCCUCUGAUGGAGCAUCCUCCUGUCCCGCCUUUGCUGCUGCCGCCCCACUCGAAGCUCGGAGGAACUGUGGGGAAAUGGGCUGGGUGGAAAGGAUGGUACAGCCGGGAGCAGUUAGCCACCGCAGCGACCAGGUGGCGGAUCUCAGCUGAAGCACGUGGGCCGCUGCGAGCUCCUGCGUGGGUAUGGCAGCCCUGAGGAUGAGGGGCACCACCGGGCACAGGGGCACCUUCAGGAGGAAAGGGCGGCAUUAGAGGAGCUGAUAUGAAAGGCCAGGGACUCUCUUUGGAGCCCCACUGAUCCCUUGUACCUGCAGGGCACGCAUGGUUCAGUGUAUGGUCCUCACUUCACAGAGCAAAGCCCCAGCCUGUUGGUACCCCGGGCCAGGCUCUGUCUCCAAUACCUCAGCCUCGUAGAGCCCAGAGCUUUCUUCCCAUUUUCCUUUCCUUUUCCUUUUUCUUUCCUUUUUUUUUUUUAAUGUCCUCUUUCUUGAGUCCUCUGUUUCUCCUUUUGAGUAACUCAGGAUUGGCCCAGAGCCCUGCCAGAGGUUGCUGGAGGCAACCAGAGUUUUGUCACCUCUCUUCCCUCUCCUGGCACUAUGCUGUCCUCAGGAGCACCCUCUCCCUUUCCCUUUUCUGGGGCUCCUCCCCAGAGCCCUGCCAGCUAGCUUCUCAGGUCUCCAGCACACAAUUUCAGUAAGACGACAGCCAUAGGAGAAGUCUGGGGUGGCUUCUGGUCCUCACCUCGCUUUCUCCACCUCGGUGUAUCUAUGGGUUCUGGUUUCCGUCUCUUUUCUACCUGUGCCCAACCCCUGCUGCCUCUUCUCAGAGCUCGGAGACUCCUUCUGAAGGAGGUGAGGGCGGGGCCAGUGCCUGGCCUUGGCGUGAGGGGCCUUUGCCAGUGAGGCUGCUGCCAUCUGUACAGCUCCCUACAGCCCCUCUCAGCGGGCUCCUGGGGAUCACAGGAGACGCUGUCUGACAUCCGUCUCAGUGUUUAAAGAAAAUCCCCCCCGUUUUUCUUGUCUUGAAAGCUAUGGGGUUAUCCUUGCCUCUCUAAUACAUAGAGACGAACCCUCCACCAUCCCAUCACGAAUUUCUUUGUGCUGGAAGAAGAAACUAAGAUCCAAUAGGCUUUUAUCUACCCCCCAAGGCCAUACUUCCCAGUCAUCAGUCUACCACACAGAAAAAGUCCAUUUUGUAACUUGGCUGAUUCUGUGUGCUUUGGGACUUUCUUAUGUGUCACAACCGUCUCUGGUAACAGUCCUGUGUUUUGUACAUCAAUUAAACCUGUGCUGGUCCAGUUUCUACAAGG